UCUCAAAUUCCAUCGAUUCCAACGGAUCAUUCAUUUAUUCGCUCGUUCUCUCUCUACAAUUAUCUUCUUUCCUUUUUGUUUUCUUCUUCUCUCUCUCUCCCUUCAUCCGAGAAACCAUCUAUUCUCUAUUUUUCAUCAGCAAGUUUGUCGGAGAUCGGGUGUGUGAUUUUUCACCUCUUCUUGUGGAUCUGUCUCAUGUUUGUUAGUUAAUGGACAAUGUGAUGUUAAUCGAAUAGCACACAACGAAGAGUUUCAUGGGGAUUUGCUUCAGCGCUGAAGAGCAGUUCCAAUUUUCUCAGCAGCAAAACUAUCAGAAGGAGAAGUCAUCAGGCAAAAAAUCAGCAGUGUAUCUAAUGAAUUCAGAAUGUAAAGAAUCAUCAGUUGGUGGCAAACCGAGUCCAAGUGGGUUGCCUUUGCCUCCUAAAAACAUCAAAGAUCUUCAGACAACACCUGGAUACGAGAAUGUGGAUAUAUUCACCUACCAAGAGAUGAAAUUGGCUACGAAGCAGUUCAGGCCUGAUUACAUUCUUGGCGAGGGUGGUUUUGGUGUUGUCUACAAAGGUCUUAUUGAUGACAAUGUCAGGCCUGGUUAUAACUCCACCAAAGUUGCCAUCAAAGAACUUAAUCCUGAAGGCUUUCAGGGAGAUCGAGAGUGGCUGGCUGAAGUUAACUAUUUAGGACAGCUUAGUCAUCCAAACUUGGUCAAGCUCAUUGGCUACUGCUGUGAAGAUGAACACAGAUUAUUAGUCUAUGAGUACAUGUCACUGGGAAGCCUCGAGAAACAUCUUUUCCGAAGAGUUGGAUGCACUUUGACAUGGUCGAAAAGAGUGAAGAUCGCUCUAGACGCAGCCAAGGGUCUCGCUUUUCUUCAUGGUGCUGAACGCUCCGUCAUAUAUCGGGAUCUCAAGACAGCCAACAUAUUGCUUGACGAGUGUUACAAUGCUAAGCUCGCAGACUUUGGACUAGCGAAAGAUGGUCCAAGAGGAGAUCAAACACACGUGUCAACACGUGUUAUGGGCACUUACGGAUACGCUGCUCCUGAGUAUGUAAUGACAGGACAUUUGACAUCUAGAAGUGAUGUUUAUGGAUACGGGGUACUUCUCCUUGAGAUGCUCCUUGGGAAGAGGGCAAUGGACAAAAGCAGACCUUGCCGGGAACAUAACUUGGUCGAGUGGGCACGACCGCUAUUGAAUCACAACAAAAAGCUUUUGAGGAUCAUAGACCCUCGAAUGGAUGGGCAAUACACCACUAAGGCGUUGAUGAAAGUAGCCGAUUUGGCAUACCAAUGCUUAAGCCAAAACCCAAAAGGAAGGCCCCUCAUGAGUCAUGCGGUACAAGUCCUCGAGACCCUCAAGGAAGAUGGCGAUGCUCAGGGGGAAGUCAUGGCUAGUCUCCAUAGCAGAGGCAAGUCCGUAACCUUACAUGAAGCUGCUCCUAGUGAUUCCCAAGGUACAAGAAACGUGGAUGGGGAUGGGCAGGGGCAGAGGAGGAGAAGACCGGAAAGUGGUAGAAGCAAGAGCGAAGCCUCCGUUGAUACUGACCUAUAUGUUUCUGCUCUCGUUUCAUCUGAUCCGAACGCUACUAAAACUUAGAAGACUCGAGACUUAAAAGAUUCUCAUUCAAAAAAAAAGAGACUUAAAAGAUUCGCAAGUGAUUUGAGAAUGUAAGAAACUAGCAGAGCUUGGUUAAGUGUAUACGUAAGUUGAGUCUUGGUUUUGGGAUACUUGUUUUGUUUAUGGGAUUACAAAUAUUAGCGCAA